AUGCCGCUCUGCAAUGGCUUCAAGCUUGAUGAAGCCAGUAUCGAUGAUCUAUUGCAUUGCUAUUUGGAGCGUAUAUAUCAGGUGCUGACGUAUUUGAAGUAUGAGCUUGAUGUCGAGCGCAAACUAGGCAAGAUUCGGGGUCUUUUACAUGGCAUUCCGUUUCUUAUGACUGCUGGGGGUCUCGCACUCAUUGGCUCCAUAGUUCUACGAGAUGCGCACGUUAUUCAGCGGCUCCUACACGCCGCGAGUGGGCGGGCGGACAUGCGAUCAAGUGAUUAUUUCGAGGGUUACUCAGCCGGUAGGGGACAGUGUCGAAAUCCGUAUAUUUUACUGUCAAUGCAGGCGACAGCAGCUGGGGGUCCGCCGCUGCGGUGGAUAGGACUGACCUCUCGUGCAGGUGCCAUUCCUGGGCCUAUACACCAGGAUUCGGUAGGAUGUUUUGGAAAACUACUCGCGAUGCUACGAAUGUCUUGGAUGCAAUUUAUGGAAUCGAUCCACGGGACAACUAUACUUUUUUUGCAGCAGGGAGAAACUCCUCGUGGUGGCUACGCACAGUUUCCAGCCGACAAGUCUACGCUAAAGAACGCAGUGUUCGGACUACUCCGGAUGUCGUUAUGGCACCAGCUAAUAGAGCUACCAGAUCUGAUAGAGAAUGCUGGGGCUGCCAUUAUCAAUGGAACUGAAUUUCUGUUCUACCCGAGACUGGACUUUUACAAUAACAUCAAGAGCUAUCUUACUCAGCUGGAGAAUUCUACUAUGAGGUCUCUUGAAGGCCUGGAGCAGUUCAACCUCGAAAAUGUCCAGGUCAUAAACCUGGCGUUUGCGUCUGAGCAGGAUGGCUUCCUAGAAUCGCUGGCCACCAAGGCUGUUAUGGAUGGGACAAAUUGGGAGUCACUGCAUUACUGCCAACACACCACUCGCGAAGGUGGGAUCGAUGCCGCUCUUAAAUAUAAAGAGGUAGCUUUAACAGCGCUACUCGUAUCUGGAAUGCCAUAUGGUCUAGCUCUCAUAGCCACUCUAAUUCGAUAUGCUGGUGCCAUUGAGAAUUUACAACGGUCUUCUGACACUCCUUGGAAACGCAGGCCGUCAACAUGGAGUGGAUAUUGGGAAUAA